AAAUGGACACGCCGAACAACUACGUCAGAGGCCGAGCGCUUUCGUCGACGGCGACUGUGACGGCGCACAGAUGCGUAUUCGAGACUAUAUAAAUCACUGCACCCACUGUGAUGAUCCCCUACCUGACCAUCAUCAUCAAUCCCCCUGAUUAACAUGCACCCCUACUAUCACAACCACUACUUCCGUGGCCCAUCCCGCAUCCUCUGGUUCAUCCUCGGUGCAGGUGCUGCUACUUUCUGGCAUUGCAAUCGCCAGAUGCGCGAACAUCGUGCACAGUACUUUCCUUGCGUCAUGCAUCGACGUCACGUAGAAGGGAGUGGCGAACACCCUACUCCCCCUGUCUACUCUAAGCCUGACGCUCCAACGCCCCAGGAACAGAGGUGGAACUUCAUCUAUAGGAGGCAGCCUGACCGCAAUGGGGAUGGAACCGCGGGUUGGAAUCAACGAGAGUGGGAGGAGGACAAGGAACGCCUUAAGGAGAUUCAGAAGCGCACCGAGGAUGCGAUGCUCGAUAUGUCUGAAUCCACCCUAGAGUCCAUUGUCUCUACAGUGGAAGCACUGAAAACCAAACUCGCUCAACACAAGACCCAACGCGAACAAGAACGAAAGAAUUACGAAGAAGAACUCGAGAAACAAAAGAAAGAUCCUCUUCGAUAUGUUUAAAUCAAAGUACCGUGCAUUACAUAUGUACAUCAUCACCCCUCCCUCGUUAUCCAUUUAAUUG